CCAUGCAGCCCUGUCCCUAGGCAUGGCAGUGAAUGGAGCCAUGGCGCUGAAGCUGGCUCAGGUCCUCGAGGGCCUUUUGUGGGCAGAUUUUGGGGAAGCUGCAGGUGACUGAAAGAAAACAGUGAUGCAAUGGGAGGAGCCCUGGGAGUGCAGGAUGGUCUCCCAGCCAUACAGAGGAGGGUGCUGCUGUCCCCGGGCUCAGGGAGCACGUUACGUGCUUCAUUCGGCCCAUCCAGCUCUGCUUAAGAUUGUAAAGACUCUUCUGGUUGCUAUUGCCAAGGCACUCUGCUAAACUGGCUUUACAGCACCCGGUGCCAGCACAGGGCAGCGUCAGCAGUCAGGGGGGCCGCUUGGCUAUUGGGGCAGCUGACCUGGCCCGGAACCUUCACUGUCCUCUGCUUCCAGAGGUGGCUCCAGGUCAUCCCCAAGGUCUCCCAGCUGCCUGCCUCCUCCCCAGUCCUGGAGCCGCUGGAGGGGCUGGGCUGGAGGCUCCCCACGGGAAACACCGACUCAAUACAAACCACAGCGGGUAAACAAUAACGGAUGCAAUUGCAGCGGGACUUCCGCUUCCCCGGGGGCUUUAACGACGAAGCGGAGCUGGGCAGAGGCAGAGGGGAGGAGAGGACGCUGAGACACCCGAGGAGGCAGGAGCAGGGGCCGGAGUGGGACGCCACGGCUGGGAGCAGCUAUGGGGGAUGAGUUCAUCCGGCACAUCGAGCUGCUGGGCUACGAGAAAAGGUUUUUUCCCAGUCAGCACUAUGUCUAUAUGUUCCUGGUGAAGUGGAAUGACCUCUCCGAAAAGCUCGUCUACCGCCGGUUUACUGAGAUAUACGAGUUCCACAAAGCGCUGAAGGAGAUGUUCCCCAUUGAAUCCGGGGACAUCAACGUGGAGAAGCGGAUCAUCCCACACUUGCCAGCCCCAAAGUGGUUUGAUGGGCAGCGCUCGACGCAGAACAGGCAGAGCACACUGGCCGAGUACUGCUACGCCCUGAUCAACCUGCCCCACAAGAUCUCCCGGUGCCUGCAUGUGGUCAACUUCUUCAAGGUCCGUCCCGAUGACACGAACCCCGUCACGGACAGCCAGAUCAAGAAGCCUGAGGUCUUCCUCCUGCCAAAAGAUGCCAAGAAAAACCCCACUGACAUCACCGGCCCCAUUGUCCUGCAAACCUACCGGGCUGUUGCUGACUACGAGAAGAGCUCCACAUCUGAGAUGGCUCUAAAAGCUGGGGAUAUGGUGGAUGUCGUGGAGAAGGGUGAAAGCGGUUGGUGGUUUUGCCAGUUGAAGAAUAAACGGGGCUGGGUGCCAGCUGCCUACCUGGAGCCGAUAGAUGGUCCUGAUGAGUCUGAAGAGCAGGAGCCCAACUACGCAGGUGAGCAGUACAUCGUCCAGAAAAGCUACACAGCUGUGGAGGAGGAUGAGCUGACCCUCAAGGAAGGUGAUACCAUCGAAGUUAUCCACAAGCUGCUCGAUGGCUGGUGGGUCAUCAGGAAGGAUGAAACCACAGGAUAUUACCCCUCCAUGUACCUGAAGAAAGCUGGGGAGGCAGACACAUCUGUGAAGAGCGAGCUGAGGAACCGGAGCGCUCCUCCACGAAGAUCCACCAUCCGAAACGCGAAGAGCAUCCACAAGCAGAGCCGGAAGCAGAUCAGCCAGGAGACUUACAGGAGGAACAGCAAGAAGUACAUCCAGAGCCAGAGGAACAUGAAGGAAAACUUGCAGAACAAGGCCAAUGUCAUCACUGAGAAAAAUGAGCAAGAAGAGAAUAAGUCCAAGGCUCAACCUGCUGUUCCUCCCCGUCCCAGCAAAGACCUCAUCCUGAACCGCUGUACCGAGAGCACCCGGAGGAAGAUCCUAUGAAGCCUCAGCCCCCCACGCCAGCCAGCUGAUGCUUUAUCUCCACCAGCUCCCACACAGCGGGGGCUCAGAGCCAGACUUGGGGGAUCCAGGUGGUUCUGGCAGCCACUGCAGGCCCCGGGGGACUGCUGGCCAGAUCGGGGCAGCCUGGCGCCUGCCUUCAUCCACGGGCACGGUGAGCCCAAGGUGUCCUAAUGCCACCAUGAGGAGGGACCCAGUCCUGCUUCCCUAGCUCCUGGGGGGCUGAGGCCUCCACAGCGACUGGAGGCCCCUUGCCACUAGACCCCCUUUUAUGCCCUAUUUGUAUUUUGAAUGAUUUUGUGUUUUUCACCAUUAAAGGAGAGACACUUUA